GAGGUGAUACAAACCGAUGAAGCGUCUUCCCUUGCUCACCCCGGCCCGCGCCUUCGCCACGACGUACAACGGCCGGGUCGUCCGAGUCGACUCGUCCGGACGCGCCCUCGCCGUCGAGGUCGACCCACCGGACCUCCCCCGCGACGCUCGAGGCCACGCCCUCCCGCGCCGCGACCUCAUCUGCCGCGCCGCCCGCAUCCUCCGCUCCACUUCUCCCGCCGCCGCCCCCCUCCUCGACCUUGCCGACUACCUCCAAACCCUAACCCUCACCCUCACCCCCGCCGAGGUCAGCGAGAUUCUCAAGUGCAUCCGGAACCCCGAUCGCGCCCUCGAGUUCUUCCGCUUCGCCGCCUCACUCCCCGGGUUCCACCAUGAUUGCUUCACCUACAACCGGAUCCUCUCCAUCCUCGCCAGGUCGGGCGCUGUUGAUGGAGACACUGUCCGCUGGAUCGUGGACGAGAUGGAGCGUGAUGGAGUGAACGGAAGCAUAUCCACCAUCAACAUCUUGAUCGGGAUACUCGGGGGUGGAGAGCUGGACCGGUGCUUGGAACUCGUUAAGAAGUGGGGAUUGAAGUUUAACGGGUACACCUACAAGUGCUUGAUGCAGGCGUACUUGAGAUACCGGGUUGUGGACCGGGCGUUUAGGGUUUUUGAGGAGAUGAAGAGGAAAGGAUAUAAAUUGGAUAUCUUUGCCUAUAAUAUGCUAGUGGAUGCGCUAGCCAAAGCUGAAAAGGUUGAACAGGCUUACAAGGUUUUUGCAGAUAUGAAACGUAGGCACUGUGAACCAGAUUCAUAUACUUACACAAUUUUAAUCAGAAUGUCUGGAAAGAUAGGGAAAACAGAUGAAUUCCUCUCGUUUUUUGAAGAGAUGAUAAGAAAAGGAUGUGCUCUUAACUUAAUUUCUUAUAAUACUAUGAUUCAAGCACUUGCUAAGAAUCGAAUGGUGGAUAAAGCUAUCUUUAUUUUUUCCAAAAUGGUUGAGAAUGAUUGCCAACCCAAUGAAUUCACAUAUAGUGUCUUGAUAGAUGGUUUAGCAGCAGAAGGACAACUUGAUAGGCUGGAUCAGGUUGUGGAAGUCUCUAAUAAGUACAUGAAUAAGUCAAUUUAUGCUUACUUGGUGAAGACACUGAGUAAGUUAGGCCAUGUAAGUGAGGCCCAUCGCAUGUUUUGUAGCAUGUGGAGUUUCCAUGACAAAGGGGACAGGGAUGCUUAUUUGUCCAUGCUUGAAACUCUUUGUAGUGCAGGGAAGACAUCAGAAGCUAUGGAAUUACUGAAUAAAAUACAUGAAAAAGGGAUAACCACUGAUACUGUCAUGUAUAACAUGGUUUUUUCAGCUCUUGGUAAGCUUAAGCAAGUACCCUAUAUUUACACCCUUUAUGAGCAGAUGAAGGCAGAAGGCCAUUUUCCUGACAUAUUUACUUAUAAUAUUCUCAUCUCAAGCUUCGGCAAAGUUGGUCUGAUUGAUAAGGCUUUUGAAAUUUUUGAAGAAAUGGAGAGUACUGAUUGUAAACCUGAUGUAGUCACCUACAAUUCUUUAAUAAAUUGUCUUGGGAAAAAUGGAGACCUAGAUGAAGCUCACAUGCGUUUCAUGGAGAUGCAGGAGAAAGGAUUGAACCCUGAUGUUGUUACUUAUAGUACUCUCAUUGAAUGUUUUGGGAAAUCCAAUAAAGUUGAGAUGGCUUGUAGGUUGUUUGAUGAGAUGCUUGCUCAAGGAUGCUUCCCUAACAUUGUAACAUACAACAUUUUGCUUGAUUGUCUGGAGAGGUGUGGGAACACAGCUGAAGCAUUUAAGCUGUAUGCUACUAUGAAGCAACGUGGGCUGACGCCAGAUUCAAUAACUUAUACAAUACUUGCACGAUUAGAGAGUGGAUCCCAAAAAGCAGUAAGAGUUCGCAAACAGAGUCGUAUUACAGGAUGGGUUGUUAGCCCAUUAAGGUAAUGAAGGCAGGUGACAAGUAAGCAAUAUGUUAUGGAUUGUUUGCACCAAAUUAGGCAUUUGUUUGCUAGUCAAACAAUUUGUUAUAUUAAUGUUUCAAGUACCAGUAUCAAGAUGGAUACACCUGGCAACAGUUUUGGGUUUCAUUAUGUUGGAUAGGUCGCACAGUCGUGUGUGGGAUUUCGAUUUUGAUAUAGUGCUGGUGGAGGAUCACACCUAAAAGAUGUUUGAUAGUCAUGUCGGCCUUCUUUUGUCAUGCUGAGUACUAGUCAAAGAAAACCCUUGAGUUACGGCUUGUUUCACAAAAGAAAUGGUUCUUGUCAUUGUUUUUGUACAAUGACAAAUCUAGGGAGUAAAGCAUGGAAGAUUGACAUUCAAGGACUCUGCAUGCUCGGUACCUCUAGCAUGCAUAUGAACAGGAAAAACACAAGGUCAUUCACACAGUGACUAUCAGUAUUUAUGGAUGUUCUUCUCUGCAAGCUAAGUAAAAG